AUUGCCCGAAUUGUGAAUUUACUGUCAACAAAGCUUGAGUUAGGUAGUCCAAUGAUAAGUUUAUACCUUUUGCAGAACCCGGAUCACUAUACAAGUCAUUAUUAUGUACCCUUUUACUGGAGAACAUAUGUAUCAGCAGCACGCUCUGUCUUUCAGGAGAAUGAUGAGAAUUCUCAGCCCAAAGUUGUGCUUACUAAACGCUGGGAUAAAUUGAUAGGUUUAUCUUCUUCAUUUGACUACACGCACCGCCCUACUGAACAUGAAGGCUAUUAUUUGUAUGAUUGGAUCAGGACCUUCUAUAGAAUAACCAAGCGCAAUAAAUCCCAAUCUGAAGCUUCAAAUCAUUUGUCAUUCAUCAAAGGCCACCCAUUAUAUGUUACUCAUACUGUAGGAAUGCGCCGGGAUGCUUCUAUGACCAUCCCCAACUUUAUUGGUAAUUUACCCUGCCCAGAUAAAGAUGAUAGAGAAUAUUACUGUUGCACAAUGUUGGUAUUGUUUCACCCAUGGCGCACUGGUGAGGAUCUGAAAAGCAAGGAGCAAUCUUGGCAUGAAGCAUUUGAAAACUACGACUUUAAUCCACAAUGCCUAUUAUAUAUGAAAAAUAUGAAUGUGCGCUUUGAAUGUCUAGAUGCUCAGGAUGAUUACCGCGCUCAGUUAAAA